AUGUCGAUCGUUAGGCGCUGCCCCUUCGCUGACCUCUGGGUCGACCCAUUCGACGGCUUCUGCUCCAUCGUCCCAGCAUCCUGGGACUCCGACACUACCGGCAUUGCAAACGCUCGUGUGGACUGGAAGGAGACGCCGGAGGCGCACGUCUUCAAGGCUGACCUGCCCGGAGUGAAGAAGGAUGAGGUCAAGGUUGAGGUGGAAGACGGCAAUGUGCUCGUUGUCAGCGGCGAGCGCACCAAGGAGAAAGAAGACAAGAAAGAAAAGUGGCACCGCGUCGAGCGCAGCAGCGGCAAGUUCGUCAGGCGCUUCCAGCUGCCGGAGAACACCAAGAUGGAGGAGGUGAAUGCCGGGCUAGAGAACGGCGUCCUCACCGUGACCGUGCCCAAGGUUGAGGCCAAGAAGCCCGAGGUGAAGGCCAUCGAGAUCUCCGGCUAA